AUGGAAAAUGUAGCAGUGCUAAUUGGAACCAGUACAAAACACAAAGAAUAUAUCCUCACAUAUUUUGAGCUGCAACAAGAAAAUGACCGACUCAAAGCCGAGCUUUCAAGAAUGAAGCCUACAGGGAAACUGAACACGCUUUCUGCGGCCCCGAGACAGGAAAGCUAUAUCGACAAGCUUGAGAAUCAGAUCAAUUCUCAGCAUAGUAAGAGUGUUUAUCAACGAAAGGUGUGGAGCCGAACAGACAUCUGGAUUCCGACCAAAGACUGUAGCGAUGUGCUAUUACACCAUGGUUUUAUGUGGACUUCGUGGAUUCAUUUUGCUGUUCAUAUGCAAACAUUCGAGUUCGAGCACGAAUCUGCUUGGAUGAGUGGGAAAUUCCUUGAUGGCGAUGCUCUCUGGCUUGCUAUUUAUUUUGGAUUCAUAGCGGUAAGAGCCAUUGCUAGCCUAUUUAUGCAAAGCGAUGCUAAUUUGACAAAGAUGAGCCUGAUGUUUAUGGACGAAGACGAAGCCAGACGAGCGGGCUUACCUCUCGAUAAUGCGUCCAAGCUUGUACAAAAUUGGUACGAUGCUGCACUAUUCUUCCUCAAUGAAGCGGAUUUCAUGCGAAAUCCCGACUUCAAGACUGUACAAACCAUCGCCAUACUUCUUGGACUAGCCAAGAAUGUCGGAGACUUUGAUCUUGUACCGAUUCUUCAAGCAACCGGAAUCAGGAUGGGUCAAAUUUUGGGUAUGGACCGGGAGCCUCCCUUAGUAUCCGAUGACCCUGUUACCCGAGAAACCAGCCGGCGAGUUUGGUGGACUUUGGUCAUCUGCGAAUGGCUCGCGAUACCAGCGCGUCCACACUGUAUAAGCGAGACAGACUUUUGUGUCAGAUUGCCAUUGGGUCUAUCGGAUGAGGAAUUGACUACAGUGUUAAUUGACGAUCCAGAAAUGGCAAUUGACAAACCGCGUCCGAUCGAUUAUCACCUCGCUAUGAUUCUACUAGCAAAAUCUAAUCAUCGAUUUGAGGUUCAAAUGGCCGCUGUUGGACACAUGAGUGGCGAGAACCUUCUUGAAGACUUUGUUUUGACAACGGACGAAGCUCUAGCCAACAUUAUCUCACAGUUGCCAUCCUACCUUCUGGAGAUAUCCGGAGGACCAGUCGCAGACAAGGAAGAGUAUCCUUCCUGGGUCUUGUGGCAACAGACUACCCUGUCUCUGUCAUUACUAUUCUAUCGAAUGAAGGUCAACCGGGCGUUACAGCAUCGAUGGGCUUCUUCAUCCGAUGUCUUGCUUGCCCGAUCAAAAGCCAUAUGUUUGGAUUCGGCCAAUACCAUUGUAUCAAUGGUCAAGAGACACAGGGUUGUACUAGCGCGUCAUCGUCCAUGGGCAACGACUUCUGCCCUGUUUUCCGCCGCCUUGACCAUUGCCACAGAGGCAAAAUCUCUAGAAGUCCAUGCCGCUGAGGAGUAUAUUAAUCAAAUUCAAACUUGUUUCUCGUUCUUUGAGUAUAUCAAAGAUCAUAGUGCUCUCGCUACCCGUGUGCUGGGUGAAUUGAGGGUCUUUUGUGCUGAACUGUGCUGA